AUGGGAAGAGGACGACCUGCAGUAAAGUCACGAGCCGACCCGACUGCCAAGAGGGCCGAGCGCGAAAGGCAGGCCACCCCUUGGGAAGAUGCCGAAUCGAUCUGCAACUUCGCAGCCGAAAAAUGGACUGGUCGAGAGUUCUUAAAUGCAGAUGAUGCGGGUGACCUCAAAGGGAUCUUCGGUCAUUGCAUCGUAGCGGCUGCCAACCGGAUUUGGUGUCUUGGUGGAUGUCGAGAGACCAGGCUGUCAAGAAAGAUGUCCGUCCUGGAGCUCCAGCUUGAGAGCGGGACCUGGGUGGAUCGAUUGAACUUGCUUCCUGACGAUUCCGUGCCAUGCUGCAGAUGGGGGCAUGCAAGCUGCUUGGUCCCCAGCAGACCUGCGCCCGGUCCGGCCGAGCAAUUUCUUUGGCUGGCCGGCGGCUUCAACAGCCACUGCAACCUGAACGAUGUUUGGCGUUUCUGCCCAACUGACGGAAGAUUCGCUGGAGUAGCGUCGGAAGUGCACAGCCUUCCCUACCGCGCGGCCUAUCAUUCCAUGGUGUGUGACGACGUGGCGAAGCGGCUCUUGGCGUUCGGUGGCCAGUGCUGUGUGGGAGGACCUUAUCACUUCUUCGACCGUGUGGUCAUGCAUCAGCUAUGCCGCCCCAUGUCUGGUUGGCAGGCAGUUCGGGUUGAAGGACCCAGCCCGGCAGCACGAGCUCAGCACGCGGCAGCAAUGACUACGUCUGGGCUCAUGGUCAUUUAUGGUGGCGGAAAUGCGACACGAACCUUUCGAGACGUCUGGACAUUGCAUCUCAGCCCGGCUUACUGGUCCGAGGUCAAGAUCUUCGGCCGCAUUCGGCCCUGGAUAUCGCUACAAUUGAAGUACCAAGAUUUUAACGUCAUCGCGUGCCGGCCAUUCAUGGCGGCGCAUAACAAUGGCAUUAUGGUUCUGGGUCGCCACAAGCAUGCGGGAGCAAUCGGCGACGCAGGUUCUCUGGGGCUUUGGACAUUGAACUUGGACACGCCAUACUGGCGUCCCGUCAGGGCUACAGGUUCUCCGGCUUGGGCUGGGAACUUUGCUGCGACGGUCGUGGACGCUGAGAACUGCUCCUUGCAUGGCAGAGGCAAGGCGCUGCUGGUCUUUGGCGGGGAAGACGCAGGAGAGUCCGGUCAAGCAAGUCGCUCACGAGGAAUAGGUCCACCCCUUGCACAAGGAGGACUGUGGCGCCUUGAUCUUACAGCGCGGCCUAGCGAAAUACUGCUGCGGACACUGAGGCGAGCUUGCCGAGCGAGGUCAGCCAGUCUGCCGGAGGAAGCCUUGGAGGUCAUCAUCAGUUUCACCUUGGGGCAGCUGCAAGAUGUCGCCGCUGCCACUGUCCCAAGCAUGCGUGGAAAGAAAAAGAGACCGAUGGUGUCUACAGUUUCCGACAUGCUGACAUCCGUCAUCGACAAGGGCAUCACCACAGAUGAAGUCGUGGAUUUCGUGGGGACCAUGGUAAAUCUGUCUCUCGAUCUCAGCUACAUCGCAUCAGAUGCAACUCAAGACACGAGGGCAUGCAGAGGAAACCGAGACUGUCCGUUGCCCGAGGAGCUUGUGGAUGUCACCUUGGGCCUGUUGUACGCUCUUGAUGCCAUUAUCCCGGGCGUCGUCCCAUCUUACGAAGAGGCAACUGCGAGACGCUUAAAAGGCGGCCGUGGCAUGGGCGGCAAGGUUCCAUGGCAAUGGACUCGACGUCUCCAGACCUCAGAGACGCGAGACGCGGAGACAAUGUAUCGACAGUUUCUGCAAGCAACAGCAAUGACCAAACAGCUUACGGAUGAAAUCCAUAGUCAGAUAUAUCCUGGUGAGGCUCCGAUUAGCUUCGCACUGCCUGGCCAAGACAUCUUCGUGGGUAAAGCCUUCAUUGAUGCGGACGAAGAGACGCAAAACUACGCAGGGGUCGCCAAUCUGUUCGACCUUCCAAGCCUCGAGCGCGGGUCGUUCGACAACCCUUACAACUACUUCAACUACAGGUACGUGCAGUUCAAGAAGUUUCCAUACGACUUCCUGGUCAUGCCAGGCAACCGCAGCUUGGAAGCUCCUGUUCCGGCAAACGAAAGCAGACCCGAAGUGCAAUCUCUGGUGCCGCCCCAGAAUAUCAGCCCAAGUGAGAGGCUUUGGCACGCCAUAUCUCUCAUCAUUACAGACGGGGCUGGAGAAAGCAACCUACUCGAAAGGUCCAUCGAGAAUGUAACAUACUCUAUGCUGCCAAAGAUUGCCGCGUACGAUACUUCCAGUUUCGGGAAUGUGGAGAAUCCGUCCACGUGCUACUGGGUCGACCUGGGGAGUGGCAACUUCACUGAAGCUGCGUUUGAUGCCCGGGGCUCCAUCUUCAGCGAGGAUUCCUGCAUCACCAUGCAUACGGGAAACUUCAUCGUUCUGGCAGACGACUUGGCCGCGCAGCUCGAUGUUGUCCAACAGCAGUCUCCGGGAGAGUUGCUGAGCCAAUAUGAAGAUGAUUUCACGACCACAGCGAAUGUUGUCUCGGCGACUCUUGUCCUUGUGGCUUGCGCUGGAUUCGUCAUGGUGUCCGUGUACGUGGACGAGCAUGACGCAUCCAACAAA